AUGCUACCUCAGAAUGUGAGCCCAUAUCCCUCCCCUCCAGAAUAUGCGUUAAAUUAUACCAAUGAUAAUAUAAGAUCCGGGAGUAUUCCAAAACCCCCUCCUGUACCAUUGAAGUUCAAAGUCUUCAAUGAGGAGUACAAUCUAGAAGGAGUGAGUGUUGUUGUACCAGUUUAUCCUGGAUUUAGCCAAUGAUGCCGUCUUUGCAAGACUUGGAGAUCACCAAAUAUUAUAAUUCGAAGGAACCCUGGAAAGCCGAGCUCAGGAAACUCAACUUUAGUGUGGUCGCCGCAUUUCUAGACCUUUUAGAUAUUCUUAUAAAGUGAGUAUAUUGCAAGAUUCGUUUUAAUUCUUUAGAAAUCCACAGCAUCCUGAAAGAAAAGAAAAGAUUGAAACUAUCAGGACCUUAUUUAUCAACAUGCAUCAUUUAAUUAACGAACGACGGCCUGUUCAAGCUCGUGAAACUUUGGUCGAGAUGAUGAGGAAACAAAAUAGAGAUUUAUCAGUAAGUGGACAUUAUUUGGGAUUGUGAAUGAUUAUUAUUUUUUUUCAGAAUGUAAUAACCAGACUCAAACUUCUUCUUUCCAACGUCGGAUCAAAACUGAACGAAAUGCACAAAGAGAUUGAAGAAUGCACUAUAGAAUUAACUAUUCCUGAAUGUUCUACAUCCUCCAUUUCGCCUCCUGAACGUAAGAUUCGGUUAAAUGGAUGCAAUUUUUUUUAGAUAAAGUUAUGACGUAUAAUAUAAUACAAGACAGAAGACUCACGAAGAAGCAAGUGAAAAUGCAGGAAUUCAAGUGCAAGGAUGAAGCCUUGUUAAAACACAUGAAAUUAUUAACUUUGGCCGAAGAAGAUAAGACCGAAUACACGGAUACAUUCAAUGAUGAUGAUCUGGCUGAUGUAGAAGAGAAUGUCAUUGAUGAAGAGGAAAACGAAGAAAGUACCCUUAGUGAAAGCUCAGAAAUUAACGAGGAUGACUUUAUUGAAGACGAUAAAAGCUCGGAAUCAGAAGAAGCCGUUAAAGAUUCGGUCAUGGAUGUUACUGUGGAGUAUAUGGAUGACGAUGAAGACGACGAAGAUGAGGAUGAAGAGGAUCUAGACGAUGUAAUGGACGACUCCGAUGAGGAUAAAGCUUCCGGUUCACCUCAAGUAGGUUUAAUAUAAUUUGAUUUUAUUCCUUCAUAUUUAGUCAGCGAUAUCGGCUGAAAAUACAAGUGGACUGGAACCACCAUCAGAGUUUGUAGAUGAUAAGCCAAGGCCAGAAGAGCCUAUGGAACCCGAGAUUAACAUGAUGCCCGAACAAGAGAACUCUCAGCAGUUCCCAAUGUCUCCAGAAUUGGAUAAUCAAAACGAUUCUGGAGAUAAUUCGGACCCUGAGGCAGUUCAAUGA